AUUAGAUGUGAGGCAAUGGACUUAUAUUAUCUCAAAUUGUAGAAGAUCAGUUCAAAUGCAUUUUAUACGAGAUACCACAUAUCCUGAUUUUUACCGGAUUAAACAAGAUAUGCUGAAUGUUUCUUUAAAUAAAAUGAAAAAAUGCGUGGUGAUUUUCACGUUUUUAACGGAAAUCGUAGUGUAUGCACAAAGAGACGGUGAUGUACGGUUGCAUGACGUGAAAAGCCUUUCGCGAUCUGGUCUACGCGGGACGUUUGAAAUCUACCACAAAGGGCGUUGGGGGACAUUGUGUGAUCCUCAUUUUAACGCAGCGGAUGCAAGAAAAGUGUGUAGACUAAUCGGAUAUGAAUUCGAUGAUAACGAAAAUAGGAAAUUAGAUAUUAACAGUGCCAACGAAUUUGUAUGGAUACAUGGCUUCGACUGUCUACGAAGUGGUGGGACUGUCUCGGAAUGCUUAGACCAGGAAGGGAACGGCCGGAGGCAAACUUGUGAUUCAGCUUAUGCCAUUAGCGCCAAUUGUGAAGUUGGCUAUGGCACUCAUAGCGUAAGGCUGUAUGGCAUGUCUGGGCGCUUUUAUUCUAUGAACUAUCCAAGGAACUACGUCAAUAACUAUUAUUGCGCUUACUACAUUAACGGACCACAACAUUCAACAGUAUGCAUACAGUUUGAUGAUUUUCAACUUGAGGGCUGUUGCGACACUGUGCAGGUGUUUGAUGGACCUUCGGAUACUUCAAGAUCAAUAGGAAACUAUAGUGGUACCAACGGAUUACAUGUGAAAAUAUGUUCAACAUCAAGCGCUAUGACCUUGAAAUUAACCACAGACUAUUCGAUUUCUAGUGCUGGUUUCAAUGCUAGCUACUGGAUUGUCAUGCACACUUGUAGUGAAUUGGUAAUAACGAAUGGCUAUGCAAAUUCAACCAACCUCUUCGGAUCUAACGCGACAUUUAAUUGCAUAGAAGGAUUUAAUUUCAGUGGCAAAAAUGUUUCACAUUGUUUGGAAAACUUAGCAUGGUCUAACACAAACGUUUCUUGUCAACCAAAAGACUGUGGAAUGCCUUAUCUACCAAAUAAUGGACAGGUUUGGUUAAACGACAGCAGCACAACUUACGGAUCUAGUGUCCUAGUUAGGUGUAAUGUUGGUUUUCAUGUAAAUGACAAACACCCCGAAAUUAAUCUUCGGUGUAUGGGAACCGGGAAAUGGAGUUCAGAAAACUACACGUGUGUGCCAGUGGACUGUGACAACUGGGUAGUGUCAAAUCCAACCUCAUCUUCUGUCACCUAUUCAAAUUCUACCACAUAUGGGUCUAAAGCACUUUUGAGGUGUGACUUGGGCUUUCAUAUUGAACACACAAGGGAUGUCUUCACCGAAACUGUUACAUGUACUGCAAAUGGAACAUGGAGUAAACGUUUCCCUCCAACAUGUGUUGCGAUUGAAUGUCCAGCCGUGAAGCUGCCAGCGAAUGUGAAUAUUUUGAAUAACAGCAAUUUAAGUUCGCAAUAUCUAGUCGGCUCCAUCAUAAGUUUUGGUUGUCAAAAUUCAACAUCGAUCAUUGGUCGAAACUCCAUCACGUGUUUGGUUGACGGAACAUGGAGUGGAAACCCGCCCGUUUGUAAGAAAGUGACCAGCGAGAAGUUUUGCCCAAAUGAUAAUGACUUUUACGGCCAAAUUUGGAAUGUAACAAGGACUGGGAAAAUCAUAUGUAUAGCUUGUCCUAAUGAAUAUAUAGGAGAUAUAUCCCGACAUUGCUUGAUAGAUGGAUCGUGGCUGUACCCAAUGUACAACUGCAUUCACAAGUCGAUAGCAGAAAUAUCGCAAGCGCUGCAACAUCCAACAGAAGAAGACAUUCAAAUCAACCUUCUAAAGUUGUCAAACCUUACUUCUGUUGCGCAAUCAAGUGGACGCCCGGCUUUCGGUGGUGAUCUGAAUCAAGUGACCAACAUUUUAGAUACCAUUGCCAACAUUGGUGAAAACAUGUCAGUCACAACCGAACAGACAGAGUCGUUCCUGUCCGUUACUAGCAACUUGCUUGAUCAACAAAAUGCAAAAUCCUGGCAAGCGAUGGGGAAUGAUGCAGAACAGCAAAUUGAACAUCGGGGAGCAAUGAGGGUUUUACAUGUCGUUGAAAAAUAUGUCUCCUUAAUUUCUGAGGGUUCAGGGGACACUGACAAUACAUCGAAGACAUUCGCUGCAUCAAAUCUAGUUGUGCAUGUAGCAGGAAUACAAAACACAACAGAUGAUGGUAUAUCGUUUCCUGAAAAUGCAGCACAAUUAGGAAUUUCAAGCGUACUACGUUUUCCAGACAAAUCUUUAAAAGAUUCAAAGAAGUACUCGGCUGUGUUUUACAAAAACAUGUCUAGCAUCUUAUCCGCUGCAUCAAACGAACAAAGCACUUUGCAAAGAAGCAUCAACACGGAGAUUGUUUCUGUUAAUAUGGACAACUGGGAAACUAAUCCAGAAUUUGAAAUACUCAUUACCUUUACGCAUUUUGAGAAAAGCCUGUCAUUUCCAACCUGUUCGUUUUGGAAUGAUUCAGAGUCGAUUUGGGACAGCAGUGGUUGCAAGGUUGUCCACACAAAUCAAUCUCAUACCGUUUGCAGUUGUAGUCAUCUUACCAAUUUUGCUAUUCUUAUGAGCCCAUUUAUCCAGGAUAACAGGAAAACUAAAGCACUAGACAUCAUUUCCAUCGUUUGCUGCAGUAUUUCCAUUUUGGGUCUGGUGGUAACGGUGGCGUUACACAUAUACUUCCACAGACACAUGAAAACCGACAAAAAAAGAAUUGUUGUACUUAUGAACUUAUCGACAGCACUAAUUAUCUCUUAUGCUUUGUUUCUGGGUGGAGUAGAAAGGACAGAAAACAUGGCAUUUUGCACUGCAAUAGCCGCCCUUCUCCACUACAUAUACCUUGUAGUGUUCUGUCUCAUGCUUGCGGAGGGAGUGGACAUAUUCAUGUCUGUCCGUUUUGUCUUCACCACAAAGUCCAAGUUUAAGUGGAUCAUUCUGGCGGCUUGGGCUGUUCCAGCGAUGGUAGUUGGGAUUGCUUUAGGAGCCAGUAGAACGUAUGGUUACGGAACUGAACAUUUUUGCUGGUUGUCAGUAGAGAGUGGAGUUAUCUGGGCUUUUGUCGGACCGGCUCUUGCUGUUAUAACGGUAAAUGCCGUGAUCCUGGUCGUAGUUAUGAAGACGAUGUUUGGGUCCCAAGCAAUAUCACAAAAAAGUACAUCAGACAAAUCUAAGAUGGCAGUUAGAUGCCUUCUGAUAUUGCUGCCGUUAACUGGAAUAACAUGGGUGUUAGGAAUAUUUUACGUUAACAAAAGCAUGGCGUGGGUGCAGUAUGUAUUUGCUGUCUGCAACUCUUUGCAGGGGCUGGUUAUUUUCAUCUUUCACUGCGCCUUAAAUACACAGAUUCAUGAUGCCGUAUUGAAAAGCAGAAAACGCCGUGAAACGGUUAUGCCAACCAAAACUAGAAGCGCCGAUGUGAUCAUUCGACGCAAGCAUGAAAUGAACUCGACAUCGAUGACAGUCAUUGACAGCUCGAUAUCUGAAUCAGAAGAAAAGACACAUGUGGUAGGCGACAAAAUUAUAGGAAGUUCGAAAAUAAACAAAGAAGAGCAUAGUACGUCAUCUCCUUUACAAACAGACCCACCGUUCUGUAAACUGUAACAAUUUUGGAAACAUGCAUGGAAAUUGAAAACUGUCCACGCAAGAUGGACAAAUCGCUCGUUGACAGUGUUCUCUUACCUUUACCAAUACUCCCAAACUACAGUAGAUUAGCGACAAAUCGAAGACGCUCGGGACUAACAUAAGCCCUCUUGUAAUCCGAUGUUUCCAGCAAUCCUAAGCUGUAAAUAGUGCUUCAUAUAUUUCACCGCUCUAGAAACUCGGCUAAAGAUAACGGAUAGUGUUUUCAAAUUUUAACCUCUUACAUCUCAGUCUAUUUAUUUUAUUGAAAAUCAAAAUCUUCGACUGCAUGGAAAUCUUGGUUUGACCGGCUCUGUCAUCACGUCGAAUGGAUGAUCAAAAACUGUGUUAAAUGUUACAGUUGAUCGCCUGACGUUCAUUCCAUUACCUUGUGUACGGACAGGAUGUCCUCCUAACUGCUUUGCGUAACGUCGUGAAGCGAGAUUUGGAAAUAUUUGGUGAGAUUGAGUUCCUGUUUGACAACUUACUGCAGAUGUGUUUAAAUCAAAAGUCUGAAAAAGUACUUGCUAUUAUGAAAAUGUUAUAAGUAAUAAACUGUAUAUAACUAC